AUGCCUGGAUAUCUCAUAUGGGAAACGCUGAGGACGAAGCUGGCGCCAGUAUUCACUCCCGGCAAGAUAAAGGCGAUGUUCCCACUGAUGGAGGGCGUUGGACAGGACUUGGUGCAGCACCUCGCUGCCGAAGUUGAGAAAGGUGAGGCCAUUGACGUGUGGCAGUUGAUGGCUCGGUACACGGCCCACGUGCUCUGUGCGAUAGUGCUGGGGGCGGACGCCGGCUCCAUGUCGGAGGCCAAAUCGCCGAUGAGAGAACACGUCAUGAGCCUCACACGCAAAGACGUGCUAGCUCAGCUGUCCCUCGCCAUCAGUCUCCUGGCUCCACAACUCUUCAAGCUGUUUCCCUUGACGUUUACAUCCGAGAGGGAAGAGACCCUCCUCUACUUCUCCACCGUACAGAUGAUGAACGAGCGGAGGCAGAAAGGAAUAGUCCGCGCAGACAUGGUGGACACGCUGAUGCAGCUGCGGACGUCAGCAAAUAAGAAACAGUCCAAAAGCGGUGCGGACAGGAAGUCGUCAGCCAGUACAAAUCAUACGGAAAUGGAUGACGAGACAAUAGUUGGCAACAUCGUCGCUUUCCUGAUUGGUGGGCUUGACACGUCUGUUUCGACCAUGACGUACGCUCUGUACCACCUUGCCGUCAACCAGCAAAUACAAGACAGGGUCCGCCUGGACAUCCGUGAGGCCAUCUUUCGCCACGGCGGCGAGUUUACAUAUCAGGCAUUGGGAGCCAUGAACCAGCUAGACUGCGUUAUCGACGAGACCAUGCGGCUUUACCCUCCGAUGAACUUCCUGGACCGCAAAACGACGCAGCCCUUCCGGAUCCCGGGCACAGACAUAGUGCUGCCCAAGGACACGGGCAUCGUCGUCUCGGUGCUGGGCCUGCACCACGACCCCCGGUACUGGGAGCACCCAGAGCGCUUCUUGCCGGGGAGGUUCAGCGGCGAGGGCGGCAAGGCGAGACCCAGCCACACCUUCCUGCCCUUCGGGGACGGCCCGAGGCAGUGCCCUGGACUGAGAAUAGCACACACGCAAAUGAAGAUCGCCCUGGCGAACGUGCUGAUCAACUUCCGCGUGAGCGUCACUGAGAAGACUCCAGCACCUCAGGCUGCAAACCGUCGGAAGCUGAUACGGAAGUCAGAGGGAUCGUUUGAGUUGGCCUUCGAGAAGAUUUCCUAA